CGUCACAUGCCAUGUGUUGCGCAACCCAAACAGCAUCGCAGGAGGGGAGAAGAACUCUGUAAAAUGACUGUUUUUCACGACGAAAUUGAAAUAGAAGACUUCGAAUAUGACGAAGAAACUGAAAUAUAUCAUUUUCCAUGUCCUUGUGGUGAUAGAUUUGAGAUAUCACAGGAGGACUUGAUGAAUGGGGAAGAUGUAGCGACUUGUCCAAGCUGUUCUCUUGUCAUCAAAGUUAUCUAUGAUAUUGAUGAUUUCCUUGAGGGGGAAGUUGCUGCAUCAUCAGGUAACAAAGAGAUGGAUGUGGCUUAACUAAGCAAGCAGUUUUACUUUUACUAAAGUUACCAAUUGAAUAAAGUUGUCUUUCCUGAUGAGGACGAUUAGAGGAAGAAGCAAGAAACUCUUGCGGCAGCUCAGAGAUCACGAGAGCCUACACUGUAGCCAGCCUUAGUAACAUCGGUAGUCCCUGUAAUUGCAAAGGUGGUUUGUUGGGCUGGGCUUAAAGUGCAGAGUAGUGGCACACUGGCCUGAACUUGAUUAUUAUUUUAUCAGGUUUGCUGGUUUAAAUUAAGCCAUUUACCGGUUAUAUUUUCUUAGGAUAUUUAGACAUCGCAUUUAACUAUUAUUAUCGUUUGGUAUCGUGCAUUUUCAGAGGAUACAAAGUGCCCAAAAUCAAAGUUAAUCACAAAAAAACAACCAGUCAAACAACUAGAGAACUUGUUAACUGUCGAGUAAUUGUGAUGUCACCUCAUGUGUGACAUGACAUAUUUGUCACAUGAAAGUGUGGACAGCGCUUUAGAGGAUAACAGAUUUUAAGUACCCAGGGCACAGAUGCCAGGUGUAGCUAUAUGAUAUGCAUUCAAUUUACAUGGUUGAUGAAUGGAUAAAUUGUAGCGCUAACCUGUGUGAAUGAAACCAAAGUUGAAUACUGUAGGUCAUUUAAGUAUACAGUAAGAUUAACAAAAAUAUAAGUAAGACUGUUUUUUUUGAGGCAAGAUUUAUAUUUUUUAUUAAAACUGCAUUUUUUUUAUUGUUAAAUUGUUUCAAGUUAACCAAGACAACUAAUGUUUAUACUAUUUACUCUGCAAGCAUUUGUGACACAAGGUUGUUCCGCUUAAAAUAUAAACUGCAAGUUUUCGAUUGCAUUGCAUUGUUUCUUUUAAUAAUAAUAAGUGACACUUAUAAAGCGCUCUACGCCAGCAAGCCGACCCCAGAGCGCAUACAAUCAUCAAAUUCAAACAAAACAAUACAGAACUCGUCUCCGAAAAGUAUAAAUUGCUAAUUACAGGAUUUUGCCUUUACUUCAGGAAAGUUCGGUGCCAGCAUCUAAAAUCAGAACAUUAACGGGUAACGCUUUUAUCUAUCCAUGUCUUGUAAUUUCCGAUGGGAGAAAAUUUAUAUAUGUACACAUACAUAUAUAUAUAUACAUAUAUAUACAUAUAUAUCAAAUGUGAAGCACUUUGUAACAUGGAUCAUCACUUUUGACUAAAAAAAAUAUUUUUAGUUCAAAUUAGACUGCAAGCUUGUUUGUUGUGAUUGUUUUAAUAGCAUUGCAGGGUUCCAUCGAGUCAGUAACCCAUAACCCAAUGGCAAUAUGUAAUCUAACUCAGUAGUAUUUUGUCUAAACACAACAGGAUUCCCACGGCCAUUAAAUAUAUGGAACAGUUGUAGAAUGUGAAAAGCAUCUACAUGCUCCAUAAUACUGUACUAAGAUAUUAAAUUAAAUAUAGCAAAGUGUGUAUAUUUUUCGAUCAUUUUAUUACAUUAUUUUACAUUUUAUCAAGUAGGAAAAAAUGUGCAGAAAUUUUGAUGUAAUUUUUAUCUUGUGUGUAUAUAUUUAUAUAAUAAAUACUGA